GGCCGAUACGACCACGCGGCGCGUGAAAACAGGAAGAGACGUUCUUGUCACGUUUGCUCGGCUAAAGAAGAAACGCGGCCACCGCACACGGAUGUUUGAGUCUCCAACCAGGGCAGCGAGAUGAAGAAGCAGAGGGAGAGCCAGUGCACUCAGAAGACCAUCUCAUUGCUGAGCCCCCUGAGGACGAUCCAAGUCAGUGGAUGUGAGAAUGGUGUGCACACCAUCCGGAUCCUAAUGGAUGUCGCACCUGCUGAAAGGAGCAGCGCGGCCCCCCUGAGCUGUGUGGUCAACGAUAGCCCGCCAGAAACGAGCCCCGAGUUGCGGCGCUGCGUCGAAUGGCUCCAGGCGUACUUCAGUGAGCCACAGACCACUGGGAGUCUCCCGCUCCCUGCCUUUCACCACCCCGCCCUGCAAGGAGAAGCGUUCACCUGCCGUGUGCUGCGCGUUCUCCUGGAGGAUGUGAAGUUCGGAGAGACGGUGUCAUACAAACGCCUCGCUGAGAUGGCGGGAAACCCCAGAGCGGUGCGAGCGGUGGGAGGAGCCAUGAGGAGGAACCCGGUUCCGCUCCUCAUUCCCUGCCACAGAGUCAUUUCCAGCAGUGGACAGAGUGGGCCGUACAUGAGCGGCAAGGGCGACCAUCUCAAACAAUGGCUGCUCACCCAUGAGAGGCAGCGAGGGGAAGGCUAAAGCAUGACAGAGGCCAACUGUCCUUCAUUUACUGCACACACACACACACACACAUAUGUACGCGAGGGGAGGAGGGGGCGGGGGGCAAGGCCAGGAUUUUAUUUUAUUUUUUUCGACCACAAAGCAGGGCCAUAAAGUUGAUCGUGCUUGGCACACACUAUGGAACAACUGGAGCUACUUGUAAAUAUUCAUUUUACACUCCUUUUUUUUUUUCUUUUUUUGUUUGAAAAAAAUAAAUAAAUCUAAGAAUAGAGAUGCUACAUUGUUAAUGUGAUACAGAGUUGUUGCAGAAUUAGAAUGUACAAAAAUAACUUAAACAGAGAACAGUAGGAAUUACAAACAUAUGCUCCCGUGGGGUCUCCGUUGCCAUUUGCCAGAUAGGGCUGGAAUGGUUUUUCUAAGGAAUUAUUAUUCCCUUAAAAAAUAUGUCUCUUGCAUUGUUGUUGUUUGUUUUUGUUUCUCCUAAGCAGAAUUAGUCUUUGUACCUCUCGUUGUUUUUUUUUUUUAAUUUCCUGCCAAGUGGAUGCUUUGUUCAACAUCCAGUGAUAAAGGCUCAGAAUUUUUCCACCGCUACAAAGCUUUUGUAGUGAAGCAUUUGUUUUGUCUUCAUUUAAGAUCUCUCAUUGUUCGCCCCUCGCCUUACGAGCCACCUAGACAACAGACGUCUUAUGCAUUAUAUACCGCGCUUAUGUUGCGUUUGACGUGUGCAAAUAAAUACAUUUCAAAAUGACAAA